AUGGACUAUGAGGAGCUCGACGCGCCCCCCGCGGACACCCCCAUCAGGAGAGCCCAGAUUGAAGUUAUCCCCUGCAAGAUCUGUGGUGAUAAAUCCUCUGGAGUCCAUUAUGGAGUCAUCACCUGUGAGGGCUGCAAGGGGUUUUUCCGGCGCAGCCAGUUGCCGACGGUCUCGUACUCCUGCUCCAGACAGAGCAACUGCCAGAUCGACCGGGCGAGCCGCAACCGCUGCCAACACUGCCGCCUGCAGAAGUGCUUGGCUCAGGGCAUGAGCAGAGACGCGGUGAAGUUUGGUCGCAUGUCCAAGCGUCAGCGGGACUCUCUGAUCGCGGAGGUGGAGAGGCACCGACAGCAGCAGCAGCAGCAGCAGCUGCAGGGAGACACCCAGUCGGUGCUGUCCUUCCCCACCAAGACCCGGCAGGACCGCUCCCCUCAGCUCCUCCAGCCCAUGGCCUCGGCCUACGCCUACGCUGGGGACGCUGAGCUGCUGCCCUACGCUGCCGAAGUUCACCCCUACCUGGUCUGCUCCCCCAGCGAGUCGCAGGUGUCCGGGAUGAUCUACCGAAGCUCCGGUGUCUCCCCCACCUCCAGGUCCCAGGGCAGGGGGGACAACGGUGGACAUGGGGACAUCAGAGGAUUUGACUCCAGACAGCCGACCCACGAUCUGAUGGCGAUCCAUCCCUACAACCCUCUCGAGGAUCCCUACAGCCUCUAUCCUCACUCUCUGCGAAACAUAGACGAGCUGUGUGCCAGCAUCGUACGCUCCCACAGAGAAACCAGCCAGUACCGAGUGGAGGAGCUACAGGCCCUCAGAUGGAAACUGUUCAGCCGAGAAGAGAUCCAGGCCUACCAGAGCAAAUCAGUGGAUGAGAUGUGGCAGCACUGUGCCAUCAGACUGACCGAGGCCGUGCAGUACGUGGUGGAGUUUGCGAAACACAUCCCGGGUUUCCGAAUGCUCAGCCAGAACGACCAGAUCGCACUCCUAAAGACUGGCUCCAUGGAGGUGGUUCUGGUCAGGAUGAGUCGCUUCUUCAACACGGAGAACAACACCGUGUUCUUUGACGGAAAGUUUGCCGGAACUGAAGUCUUUAAGUCUUUGGCGUGCGGUGAUUUAAUCACGGCAGUGUUCGACUUCGCUCAUGGCAUGUGCGCUCUGAAGCUCACCGAGCAGCAGAUCGCUCUGUUCAGCGCCCUGGUGCUGAUCAACGCAGACCGUCCAUGUCUGGAGGACAAAGGCAGAGUUCAACGAGUGCAGAGGAGCGUGGAGUUCGGACUCACGCACAUUCUACACCGAGACAACCAGGAAAGCCUGAUGCACAAGCUCUACCAGAGGGUGGCGGUGUUGCGCUCGCUGUGCAGCCUGCACAUGGAGAAGCUGCGCUGGUUCAGCCAGAGAUACCCGCUCACCGCCCACUCGCUGUUCCCUCCGCUCUACAAGGAGCUGUUCGCGUCCGAGGCCGAGCUGCUGCCGGGGAACAACCACUGAUGGAUCAACCACACAUGCAUAGACACGUGUUAUUUUACUUCCUGACAGAAUCUAUUUUUCUAAUAAUGAAAUUAAGCUCAGUAAUCGUAGCGUGUUCAAUAUGACAUGACGUACAGCAGAGCUUUCUUUUUUUUUUUUUUUUUUUGGUAGAUCAUGUCAAAGAUAAAUUUGAAUAUUUUGAUAGUUUUGAUUAUUCCAUGGAAACAUUUUGAUGGAGAGUUUUAAGUGAGGUGCAGGAUUCUUUCUCUCUCAGGAUGUUGUGAUUCUGUCCAGUUGUAGUUUCUGUGUGUCAGACGUACAGACUCCAAGAGGUGCGACUCAAAAAUCUCUCUCUAAAGUAGAAAACACACAAACUCCUACAGAGUUCAGAUGUGACUUUAUAAAAAACUACAUAGCUUGUUUGUGGCUCGACUCUUUGUGGCCAUCAGUUUGAAUUCACAGUCGAGUCAAAGAGAACAAAUGAAAAACUAAAAUACAAAAGGUCAUAUUAUAUGUAAACAUCGUAAAACACAAGGAAAGACAGUAAAAUGUGCAAGAAGACACUUAGAGUUCCAUCAACACACUUCAUCUGAGCCACACGUCAUUUACAACAAUGCAAACUAUGAUUUAUAGUGUUGAAUUUUUCGACCAGUAGGUUUCUCCUGACUGGGAAUGACAUAAACAAGUGACAUGAUAGUAGGACAUUGUGUUUGAAAUGUUAAUAAUCAGUUUGAGCUAUUUUUAUGUUUGUUUAGGGUUUGUUUUGGGGUUUUUUAAAAAACAUUUUUCCUCAGUUGUUCUAGUGUCUAACAGUGUUUCUGGGAGUUGGUUCCUCCAAGUGUCCAUCUGCAGCUCUUGGAGCUUGAAGGCUUCCUCUCCAUCAC